AUUUUUGCACGUAGGCGGGUCUACACUGAGGCUGCGUUAAUAUGUUUACAGAGUGGGGAGGUUAUAAAGCCCCGUGAGUCAAAGCUGGUCCUUGUAGAUUAGCACUAGGCUGCUGGCUGGCUAGUGAAAGGAGUGUUGUGCGGGCCAUAUACACUGAGACAAUAGCGGGAUCCAAUCUUCAAGGAAUCUCUUCAUAUCUGAGACUUGUUUUGUGGAUUUUUUUUUUAAAAUUGUUACCAGCACUGUGAAGGAAAAUGGUUCAGAACAAGAUUGCAGAGUUGAAAGGUUUCCACCGCUCCUUCAAGGGGCAGACUCCUUUUGAUGAUUAUUGUGAUGACACUGGACCAUCUCAUAUUGAGAAGGUGUUUAAUUUUGACUGUCCAACUAGACCUGACAUGCCCUCGAGUCUGCCCAUUGACAUCCCAGAUGCCAAAAAACGGAAUAAGAAGAAGAAAAGGUGUCGGGCCACAGACAGUUUCAGUGGCAAAUUUGAAGAUGUUUACAAACUAAAUGGCGAGAUGUUGGGAGAGGGAUCUUUUGCCAGAGUACAGACCUGUGGAAAUCUAAUCACCAACAAAGAAUAUGCUGUGAAGAUUAUUGAGAAGAGACCAGGCCACAGUCGCAGUCGUGUGUUCCGCGAGGUGGAGAUGCUCUAUCAAUGUCAGGGACACAGGAACAUUCUUGAGCUGAUUGAAUUCUUUGAAGAUGAGGACAAGUUCUACUUGGUUUUUGAAAAAAUGAAAGGAGGCUCUGUAUUAACGCACAUCCACAGACGAAAGCACUUCAAUGAACGGGAAGCCAGUGUUGUUGUCCAUGAGAUAGCGAGUGCCCUGGAUUUUCUUCAUAAUAAAGGCAUGGCUCACCGAGAUCUGAAACCAGAGAACAUCUUGUGUGAGAAUCCAGAGCAGCUCUCCCCAGUCAAGAUCUGUGACUUUGACUUGGGAAGUGGAAUAAAAUUGAAUGGUGACUGCUCCCCCAUCUCGACCCCUGAACUUCUGACACCGUGUGGGUCUGCAGAGUACAUGGCACCAGAAGUUGUGGAGGCAUUUAAUGAAGAGGCAACGAUAUAUGAUAAGCGUUGUGACCUCUGGAGUUUGGGUGUUAUAUUGUACAUCAUGCUCAGUGGAUAUCCGCCCUUUGUAGGAAACUGUGGUACUGACUGUGGUUGGGACCGAGGGGAGGCCUGUCUUUCCUGUCAGAAUAACCUAUUUCAGAGCAUUCAAGAAGGAAAGUACGAGUUCCCUGACAAAGACUGGGCUCACAUCUCUUUUGGCGCAAAGGAUCUCAUCACGAAACUCUUAGUCAGAGAUGCCAAGAAGAGGCUGAGUGCGGCACAAGUGCUGGAGCACCCAUGGGUGCAAGGGCAUGCACCAGAGAAUACCCUUCCAACACCACGCCUUCUCCAGAGGAACAGCAGUGCCAAAGAUCUCACAUUCUUUGCAGCUGAAGCAAUCGCAGUAAACAGGCAGCUGACUCAGCAUGAAGAAAAUCAGGACGAGGAGAAUCAGCCAAUCCUCAUCAAAGCUACCUCAUGUUCCAUGCGACUGUCUCCACCCUCAGAAUCUAAAUUGGCCAAACGGAGGCAGAAGACGAGUGCAAUCAAAGCAGCCAAUCAGCAGUUGUUGCCACCCUUAGUCCUGGUUGACAAUUGUGCGUGACAUCAUUUCUUCCCUCAAGCACAUAGCAACUAAACCCAGAACCUUCUAUUGGCUGGCUUCCAAGUCUGGCAAUGUUACAAUACUGCUUCACAUAAGAGAGAACUGUUUACAGCAUUUGAAACCUGCAUGGGAUAAGUAUGCAAAUCUGAGAUACUAAGAGUCAGAUAACUGAGAAAGGGCAAAAAUUUAAACAACGACUUUUAGUCUCUUUACCAAAGGAAUGUUUUUAAGAGCAGGUUUUAAACUUAUUUUGUACUGUGAUCACCUUCAUGACAACUAUAGUUUAGUUUUAGCUGCUUUUAUACUGGUAUCAGUUUGGGCCACUGGUUUUGAAGUGCGGCGUCUCCACACAAUAAAAACCUUCCAGAUUCUUUUUCCAAUAAGGUCUUCCUGCUCACUGGCCCAAGUGCAUUCAGCAGGCUUGCGUGGGGGUUGCCAUUGGCUGCAGAAGACCUGCAUUUCAGAAGCCAAUGGCAAAACAACCCACUAUAAAAAGCAGCAAUUUAUUUUGCAUUUUUCAGAUACAUGCAGGCUUGCUCCUAGUCUCCAGUAUAAAAAAAAAAUCAGGGCUACUUUUUGCAUACCAGAUUUUUGAGAAGACCGAGAGAGAUUUUGUAUAUUCUGUUGUUUUUUUUAAACUCUAGUUGUACACCUAUUUUCCUCUGAUAUCAAUGUGACUUUUUUUUUUAAACCUCACCCUUCUGAUCAGCAUGUCCUAGAAAAAGUUGUUUCCUUAAUUUCUGCCAAGUUCAUAAAUGUAAGUAUAUUCUGCAUUUAUUUUGAGUCUUUGGGAAAAUCUGUAGCAGGACUUCAUUAGUUCAGGAAAGAUGACAAUAUGAUGGGUGGGGGGAGAAGAACAAGAAUUUGACUGAGAAAAAGGCAUUCCAGAUACAAAAAUGCGAGUAGUCUUUCUCUAAGAUUGUGUGAAAUCUUCUUAAAAAAAAAAAAAAUUUCUUUGAAAAAAGUGUGUUUAUGUCUGUUUUUAAAAUGUGUAUGGAUGGAGUCUGAAAGUGCCACAUCCUGAUUUUGAAGCUAUUGAAAAUUGGGUGCUCUCCAUGUUUCUGUAAUAUAGGCAGGUUAGGCCUGGCCUUUUGUGUUAAUGUGGUGGUUAUGUUCAAAGCCAUUGAAUGUAUAUGUUAAGCUUUUCACUGUAUUGCAGAAGUAGAGCACACAAGCGAUGCAGACAUUUGAAACCUGUUUCAAAAUGUUCAAUGAAAUGAGUGUACGCUGCAUUUCUGUCUGGGGGCAUGGCAACAACACCACCUUUCUGUAAGCUCUACUGCCCUGUAUCAGUCAGGUUGGGCAAUGACCAGCUAUUACAGGGCUAUCUGUACUGUUCCUUUUGUGGGUUGUUUAAAUUGAACUUGCACAAAUGGCCCCUGCAUCAGGGACAGAGCUACUAGUUCCACCACAGAGGAAUGUGUAUCAAUCCACUGCCAUCUUUCAUGGAACAUUUUUAUAUUAAUAUACAAUGUACUUGGAACUUAAUUAGUUAAAAGGUAUGGGUCGGAUCUGGUUGUUACUUUUCUUUUUAAAAAAAAAAAAGUGGCUCCCACAGAGGCUGAGGGGAAGAUCUUUGUACUGAACAGGAAACUACCAGUUUGAUUCGCAGUUUAUGCUAAAUUAGUCGCUUUCGACCAACCCAGUGAGAUGCAAUUGGUCACUGGCUACUGCAAGGGUUUCCUGCCCUGAUCGGUAUGCAGCAGAAAAUGUGUGGGUCCGUGUUGAGGACAGGAAGAGGUUUGGCAGUGACAUCUUGCGAUGUAGCUUUCACAAGUGAAUAAGCACUUCACUGUGGUGCAGAGGGCAACUUCUUGUUGGAAAUGUAAUCCAGCAUAGGUACCAAUGUCUGUGGUGGGGGUGGAUGGUGAGGGAUGAAAUCCAAAUUAUUUCCUUUAUGUUAAAUGUUUUGCGUAUAACUGCUCACACUUAAACUAAGCACUUACUGAUGGAUGAGUGUCCUUUUCUGACUGUACUUGCUGUUAAGAUCGGAUCCUACUCAAAGUGGAUCGUGUAUUGAAAUCCCCUUUUGGCUGUAACUUCACCGAUCUUGUGGUUAGAAGUUUGCCUUUCUUCUAAAGGUUAGAUAACAUCUGUGCAAAAAUAUUGCAUGGGGGGCAACUUUGUUGAAGUGAAUGAUUCUGGCUUUAAAAUUGCCUACAGGAUAGGCUGGGAGUUCACACCUUGCAAAUCGUCCAGCCAACAGCAAAUCAUUUCGGUUGUGGGAUCCCUUUGGAUGUGAAAAUGUUCAAGAUGAAUCUCAAAAACCUUCAAAUAACAUGAUUUUGCUCUGAAGGGUUAUUUUGUUGGGUGAAUUAGUAGGUGUAACUUAUACAGGGAUCAAACUGCACCCAUUGCAAAUUUUUUUUAAAAUUAUGUCUCCAUUUAAUGCAAGUUCACUGUUGGUUCCAUUGCCCAAUCCAACAACUUUCUGAAACAGUAUUAUCAGCAACAGUAUGGUACUUUAUAAUGAAAAGCUGGUAGUACAAGAAGCCAAUUUAAAUUGUCGAGUACAUUGCUAUUACGUUUGCUGAAUAAGACAUGUGUUCUUGUUGUCUUAUACUAAGACUACUUGAAUUUUGUAUGCAUUGCAUCAUCUCAUUCGAAUGCUACCUUGUGCUGGAUGGCAGCACAGCUUGGUUUAGUUAAACAUAGGCCAUAAUCGAGCACUGUUGGUAUAUUAGCUAGCUCCUAAGGGGCAUGAAGCGAAAGCACUUUACACACCAGGUGACUGAUGAGGCUCACUCUAAAUCUUCUUACUGUUGUUGCCAGGAUUUUUGUAUUGUUUUAUAAAAAUUUUAAUAAAUGCUUUGAACUUA